AUGGCGGCGGCCGGCGGGCUGGCAGCGACCGGGCGCUGCGCUCCGUCCAGCCUCCUUUUGCUCCUGCUGGUCGUGGGCACAGCCCGGUGCUGGGACGAGCGCGACAGAAUAUUGUUGCGGGACAUAAAAGCUCUCACCCUCUACUAUGACCGCUACACCACUUCCCGGAGGUUGGAUCCCAUCCCACAGCUGAAAUGCGUGGGAGGCACAGCUGGAUGCAACUCGUACACCCCUCAGGUCAUACAGUGUCAGAACAGAGGCUGGGAUGGUUACGAUGUACAGUGGGAAUGUAAGACCGAUUUAGAUGUCGCAUACAAAUUUGGAAAAACUGUGGUGAGCUGCGAAGGCUAUGAAUCCUCUGAAGACCAGUAUGUACUUAGAGGUUCCUGUGGCUUGGAGUACCAGUUAGAUUACACGGAACUUGGCCUGAAGAAAUUGAGAGAGUCUGGAAAAGACCAUGGCUUUAACUCAUUCUCUAACUAUUAUAAUAAGUUGUACUCCCCAGAGUCUUGUAACCUCAGUGGAGUGGUUACCAUCGUGGUGCUGCUUGCUAUUGCCUUUGGAGUUUAUAAAUUCUUCCUCAGUGAUGGUCAUGAGUCACCUCCACCAUAUUCUGAGUACCCUCCAUAUUCCGAUCGUUAUCAGAGAUUCACCAACUCAGCCGGGCCUCCUCCUGCAGGCUUUAAGUCUGAGUUCACAGGACCGCAUGGUGCAACUGCUGGUUUUGGCAGUGCUUUCACCGGACAACAAGGGCACGAACGUUCAGGACCUGGGUUCUGGACUGGCUUGGGAACUGGAGGGAUAUUAGGAUAUUUGUUUGGCAGCAACAGAGCAGCAACCCCCUUUUCAGACUCGUGGUACCCGUCCUAUCCUCCGUCAUACACCAGCACGUGGAAUAGCCGGGCUUACUCACCGCUUCGGGGAGGCCCUGGAAGCUAUUCAGCAUGUUCAAGCUCAGAGCCAAGAACCAGAACAGCAUCAGGAUAUGGUGGAACCAGAAGACGAUGA